AUGGAGAUAGAAAGGAAGAAAGGCUAUGCCUGGGCUGCCUCUGCCGGACUCAACGCCGCUCUCGCCGCCAUUUCAGCUAAAUUCUUUUCAUCCCAGUUGAAGUAUGCUCUGGUUAUAUUCUUCAACGUCAUUAUGUGGGGAUGCUACGUUAACAGUAUGAGGUCUCUCUCGUCUUUACAAGCUACUGUGACAAACUUUGCGACCAAUUUUCUCUCGUCUGGGUUGUCUGGUUUCUUUCUCUUUGAGGAGGCACUGCCACUUAAGUGGUUUGCAGGCGCCGUGUUAAUAGUGAUUGGCGUUGUAAUUCUAAGCAAGUCGAGCAUCGACAAGAAAACACACGCAAGUUGA